AAAUGUUUUUGGGGUCCCUGUGGUACACCAAACGCCAUUUUGAGUUCCCAAAAGGGACUAGCGGACGGCGACAAAAUGGGGGUUCGUACUGCAUUUAUUGAAUCUUUGCAAGUCUUAAGGAAGAUAGCCAAAACUGCAAAUAAGAGUUUCCCAUCAAAGUCUAAACUCUUCACAAGCAUACCUCAAAAUAACACAUCAACAAUACAAGAAAUACCAUCACACAUUGCACUCCCUGUGUAUGCUAAAACUGGUAUAGUCCCAGACCCUCCCGGCAGUGUGGAAAUCAAGAACAAAGAACAGAUACAAGCUGUAAGACAUGCUUGUCAAGUUGCACGUGGCGUGGUUACACUUGCUGGUCAACUUGUUAAAGUUGGGGUUACCACUGAAGAGAUAGACAGAGCUGUUUAUCAGUCAAUCAUUGACCAUGAUGCCUACCCUUCACCCUUGAAUUACAAAGGGUUUCCUAAAUCAGUCUGUACAUCAGUAAAUAAUGUAACAGUACAUGGAAUUCCUAACAGCUACUCAUUAAAAGAUGGGGAUAUAAUAAGCAUAGAUGUAUCUGUAUUCAUAGGUGGUKUCCAUGGUGAUCUUUGUGAAACAUUUAYGGUUGGYAAGGUAGACAAUUCUGGAAGUAAACUAGUGGAUAUUUCCAGGAAAUGUCUGGACACUGCAAUAGAUAUCUGUGGACCYGGUGUACGCUUCUCUACUAUUGGAAAUACCAUCAGUUCUUUAGCAGCUCAGAAUGGUUUUAGUGUGUGUCCAUACAGCCAUGGUCAUGGGAUAGGCAGUGUAUUCCAUGCUUUACCAGAUAUAUGUCAUGUUGCUAACAGUCGUGCUGGUAAGAUGGAACCAGGAAUGACGUUUACCAUAGAACCAGUGAUUCUUGAGGGAUUGCCAGGCAUAGAUGUUUUAGAUGAUGGGUGGACGAUGGUAACGAUAGAUGGUAAAAGAGCUGCACAAUUCGAGGAAACAGUUUUGAUAACAAGUGACGGCGUCGAGGUUUUAACGCAGGAUCCGCUUAAAUAGAAUCAAGGGACAUUGAUUUCUGGAUAGGUUAUCAAAAUGUUGAUUUCAGAUUUAAGUCUUUUCACUUUUACAGUAAUUAAACUAAAAUUUUAUUAGAAGUGUGGUUUCUCAAUUUAA